AUGAAAGCGCUGGGCAAAACACUGGAUACGAUUCCGUGCGAAAAUCCAGACCAAUACGUCGCGCUAUGGUACCAACAAGGAGAACCGAUUAUGGGACGUAUCUGGAAUGAUAAUGGCAAGGUCGCUGCAGCGUUCGGCUGGUUUGGCAAGGAUUACACAGGCAUGAAAGUCGGAUCUCUGCAAGUUUUAGUCGAGCUUAUGGACAAUAUUCGUGGAUUCGACUACUCAUGGCAACCGUUCUCUGUUUGCGGUGGUUUCGGUGAGAAGGAAUGGAUUCCGGUCUAUGUGGAUUAUCCGAAGGGAAUCAUCUCGCCUUGUGUGAUCACAUGGGAAGGAAAACAAAUUCUUGGCAAGGUUGACAUCAGAAACGAGAAAGCAAGUUCAGCAUUCAACGGUAAAGAGAACAUAAUCGUUGGACCGGCUGUGCAAACUCAGAUGGUCCUCUGCCGUAAACCGAAGCCUGGAUACAAAUUUGAAUAA